ACAGUACGUACAUCACAUCCGACGUACGUGUUUACAUUCAACAGUUUAUCAAUCUUACAUCUCUUUCACCGGUUGCGUCAGACACCAACCGAGGCAGAAGAAACAUCAGUCAUUCGAGCUAAACCGCAAAGCUCUUCUGGGACUUGGCACAGGAUCGACAGUCCCACUAUCCGCCACCAGCGGCUACCCACUUACAGGCACCUCCCACUAUCUAGACGAUUGAGGGGACAAACAUUCUUUCACCACCCCUCUGACCACCGCCCAUCCUUCACCCUCUUGCAGACCACCCAGCAUGGCUGCCAACAACCAGGGUACUGAGGAGCAAAUCCUCCAAUGGUACUCAAAUCUCUACAGCCGCCGGGUCGACCUGGUUGGCGACUUCGCAGGUAGUGAGCGGUUCCUCGUACACGGCGAAUCACUCUUGCUUCAGUGCUUUAGCGACCCACACAUCGAUUUCGAUCCUGGAUAUCAAUUACUGCACGCGUCAUACGCUGUUGAGAAGUUCCUACAAGGCCUCGUUUCUCGAGCCUGCAAUUUCCACAUUGCUUUCUUCGACGAACAUCAAGAUCUUUGCGUACCCCAGGAUGCAUCACCAGAAAUCAGCGAAAAAUACCUGCUUGCACGAGCAGCUAUCAUUCGUCAUCUCAAGGUCAAUUUACCAGACGUUGUCCCGGAGAUUGAGAUCAAUGCCUUCCCAUCAAUAUCCUCAGAAGCGUUUGCGGAGUACCUACGUGCCACAGACAUUUACUUCGUCUUGUGUCAUGAUGGAGCCUCGUUCACUGAUAUCCGUAAGAGAUUGAUCCUACAAAAGGACCUCGACUCACUCCAGGGCGAAGACCGCGAUAAGCAGCAGCGGCAGCAAGAUUACAAGACUUCUUUCCGCACAUUCAUAUAUAGCAUGAUGCAGCGGGGGUACAGUGCUGCGCUGGUAAACGGAUUGGAGUGGGCCGACACCAAGGUCAUUACCACUGUUCUCGAGCAUGCUCGUUCAAUGACACUUGAUGUCUCAUCAGCCGAACCUCAUACAAACAAAAGAUUGACUGAUGUUGUCGAUCUAUCGCAUAUGCGCGGCUUCUUGCAGACCAUCAGGACGUCUUGCGAUCAACUUCUGACUGAGCGCGAAUACUUGACAGUAUUAGUAGCUUCGAAACUGGCAGCUUCGAAUGCUGACCUCUCGUCCGUGUUGUUGCAACAUGCAGCAUUACUUUCAGAGCUUCCUCUGUCUGAUCGUAUCAUCAAGCAUUGUGAAAUUCCGGAUGAGGUCAAGUCUUUCAUCUUGGAUUUCUGUUGCGAGGCACGCAAGUUCAUUGGUAGUCCGGCAUGGGCAGAGGCCUUCAAGGGCCAUCCAGAUUGCGAUCUUGCAGAUCUCAUCGACGGACGGCUUCUCGCGUCAUGUGCCCGCAACCCCACAACGGAACCUAGCGAACACCUACAGACCCUGCUCAAGGCCACAGCAGCUUUGGAUGCUCAUGAUCUCCCGUCUCAGCCAAAAGCUUCUUCAGCAGCGAGUGACGACUCUACUGCAGCCAACGGUAAUGAUGAGGAGGUUUCUGCGUACAAGGUUCUACCUUUCUCGAAUAGCAUUUUCGACCCACAUUUGUCCCCAAUCAAACUAGACGUAUCGAAGUCAGGGGGUAAGGCAGAUACCACUACUGCUAACAUCUUCCGCGAGGUCACGCAUUGGCAUAAUCAGAGGUCACUAAACCAAAAAGCAAAGGUUGUCGUCGAAAAAGACCCCAAGAUAGCAAAGAAGGCUCUCCGGCGAAACCAGUUCUUCAUGGCUGAGAUGACGUCGUAUGCCGCCAGCCUGACGAAUGCUGUUGGCAAAGUACUAGAUCCAGAGACUAUUACGCUCGGCGACAAGUCAAAAGCAGGCCAGGUGAAAUCCAUGACGCCAACCCAGGCAGUCGAGAACAAGCGGCCGAAGCAAGUGUCAAGACAGAGCACCAAGAAUAUCAACGCAUCGAAAGAGGCAAUGCUUGCCAACAUCGCCGCCAGCUCCAAGCGCAAAGACGAAGAGAAUGCGAAACAAUGGUAUCAAGCCUGGACAGUCUCAUGCGCAGGCCUCGAGAAGCAAGUUGACUUGGCCUCAAGAUACAACAAAGCCAGGCAAUAUCUGGCCGACCGCAAUGAGGCUCAGCGUCAAGUAAUUGGUCCAGACGUUCGCAUGUACAUGCUGAACGUUCUUUUGGAAAUGUGGGUACGUUUCUGCCGCGACGGUGCCAAAGAGAAGGGCCUAUACGUCGCCGCACUUUUGUUCGACACUGCACGAACUCUUUGCAAUUACCCAACUGUGAGCAAGACGAUUGCGAAGUGCCUUUCUAUAACAGUGGAGCGCUUGAAGCUACCAACGCUACAAGUUCCAGCAGAACAAGGCGACCGGAAGUUGCCUUUCAAGUUUGUCUUGGACGAGACUGUCGUAUCGGACUUGGCCUUGACCCUUUCCCCAGAGGAGUUCCAGCUUCUUCAUUGUGGACCAUACUUCGACCGUACAAUCGAUUCGGCACCAGACUCCCGUGUACCCUUCGAGCCAGAUGCGUGGCAGCGACGUGUGCUAGACGAGAUUGAUGCACGUCGCAGUCUGCUUGUCAUCGCGCCGACUUCAGCGGGUAAGACAUUCAUCUCGUUCUACGCCAUGAAGCAAGUCUUGGAAGCAAACAACGACGACGUUCUUGUAUACGUUGCUCCCACCAAAGCUUUAGUCAACCAAAUCGCUGCAGAGAUCCAGGCACGAUUUUCAAAGAACUACAAGUACAGUCAGUCCGUAUGGGGUAUUCAUACUCGAGACUACAGGAUUAACAACCCCACUGGAUGCCAAAUUCUUGUGACAGUUCCCCAUAUCUUGCAAAUCAUGUUGCUGGCCCCCAGUAACGCAAAAAGUUGGUCCGAGAGGGUCAAGUGGAUUAUCUUCGAUGAAGUCCACUGCAUUGGUCAGGCCGAAGACGGUCUAAUCUGGGAGCAACUGCUCCUCAUGGCUCCUUGCCCUAUCAUCGCUCUCUCUGCUACUAUCGGCAAUGCAGAAUCUUUCAACGACUGGCUGUCAGCCACACAAAAAGCUGCUGGGAACGAAUUAGUCAUGGUGCAACAUCCGCACAGGUAUUCUGACCUUCGAAAGUUUGUGUAUACCCCACCCGCCAAACGCAAUGCAGCCAGCUACCUGCCGCUUCCGAGCAACCGUUCGUUUGCGCAGCUUGGUUUAGACGAGCACACGGACUUCGCCUUCCUUCAUCCUGUAGCUAGUUUGAUCAAUCGCACUCGCGGACUGCCCAGCGAUCUGUCUCUCGAAGCACGAGACUGCCUUACCCUAUGGCAGAGCAUGACCAAAUACCAGACAGCCGAAUACCCGGUGGAUAAGUCUCUGGAUCCCUCCUCAAUCCUGCCUACAGUUAUCAAGAAGGCGGACAUAAUCAACUGGCAGGCUGGCCUCAAGAAGCUUCUAACUGCUUGGAUGGCGGACGAUAAGUCGCCUUUUGCUGAAGUCCGCAAGGAUCUCAGCAAGUCAUUGUCUGGCUUACAAGAGCAUCAGACGAGUGAGGAUGCCACAGACGACGGUGCAGACAACGAGGGGCAGCUGGAUGAACUGGGCAUGGAAAUCAGUCACGAUAUCUCCAGCAUACUUCCUCUACUCGCUGAUCUACAACAGCAAGAUGCACUUCCGGGUAUUAUCUUCAACUAUGAUCGUGCGAUCUGCGAGAAAAUGUGCCAAACGCUUAUGAAGCAACUCGUAGAUGCUGAGGUCGCCUGGAAGGAGACAAGCCCAAAAUGGAAGAUCAAGUUGCAACAGUGGGAGGACUGGAAAAAAGAGGUCGCGAGACGAGAGAAGCAAGGUCUUCGUGGAGACGCCUCCAAGGGCAUGACCAAGCAGGAUCAAAUGAAAGAGGCUGCCAACGUUGAAGUUAGCGCCUUUGCCUCAUUUGAUCCAAACAAACCUCUCGAUGGAUUCCACUUCGCAGACCACAAGAAGCUGUCACAAGAAGAGUUCGCUGUACACGCAAAAGAGCUACGUUACCGCGGAGUUGAGGAAUGGCUUAUCGAUGGUCUCAUGCGUGGUAUCGGCGUUCAUCAUGCUGGUAUGAACCGAAAGUACAGGUAUUGCGUCGAGAUGUUGUUCCGAAAGGGAUAUCUGCGUGUGGUGAUUGCGACCGGCACACUUGCGCUCGGUAUCAACAUGCCUUGUAAGACUGUGGUCUUUUCGGGAGACUCGGUCUUCUUGACAGCACUAAACUUCCGUCAGGCCGCUGGUCGUGCCGGUCGUCGAGGCUUCGACAUGCUUGGAAAUGUCGUUUUCCAUGGAGUGUCUCUGAGCAAGAUACAUAAACUCAUCAGCUCCAGGCUACCUGAUCUCAACGGACACUUCCCCAUCACGACAACUCUGGUACUGCGUUUGUUUACACUGCUGAACUCGUCUGAGAAUGCGCCAUUCGCCGUCCGCUGCGUCAAUUCCUUGCUCUCACAGCCACGACUCUACCUUGGCGGAGAGGACGCGAAGAUGACAGUCCUACAUCAUUUGCGCUUCUCGAUCGAAUAUCUUCGGAGACAACAUCUUUUGGACGCUCAGGGUGUACCUUUGAAUUUCGCAGGUGCCGUGUCGCAUCUCUACUUCACAGAAAAUUCAUCCUUUGCUUUCCACGCGCUGCUAAAGGACGGAUACUUCCACGAGCUUUGCGCCAAGAUCGACACGAACAAAGAGGCAGUUCUACGCGAACUCAUGCUCACGAUGUCGCACCUGUUCGGUCGGCGUCAUUGUCGACAGGCUGAUGAAGAGUACGUACGCGAGAUAGUCAAGAAGAGCCCCUCGCUUGUGUUUCUACCUUCAAUGCCAGAGCACGCUGCGAACGUAUUGCGCCGUCACAACAAGACUACCCUCGAUAUCUUCACAGCUUACGUGCGCACUUUUGUCGACCAACAUGUUCAAGAGCCGGACAACACUCUGCCAUUGACAGAUGUUACGGUUGGUGGCGAUGCCUCCUCAAAAUCUGAGAAGGCUCGGGACCAGAACGUGAAGGCUCGUUCUACAUUCGUUGCUCUUUCAGGGUACGACGACAAGUUCGAGUCUAUCCACGAUCUGUGCAGUACUAGUCGUUCUGGUGUCUUCCUCGAAGAAGCUGUCGUACCCCACGUCGGUCUUUACCCUGAAGACUCUGAUCUCCCGUUGAAUGCUUAUCUGUACGAUUUCUUCCAGCACGGUGACGUCAACGCUCUUAUCACGGCCAACAAGAUUCGUCGUGGAGAUGUAUGGUUCGUCUUGAACGAUCUGAGUAUGACACUCGCUACUAUCACUACGAGUUUGUCGAGCUUCUUGGGUCUGGCAACAGAGUCUGAUCUCGACUUCAUCGACGUCCGUGGUGGUGGUGACGAUGAAGAAGAGAACAGGGAAGACAAGAUGUUACCAAGCGACACCGCGACAGAGGCCAGCGCAGCCACGACUGCUUCGUCAAACAAGGGUCCCGUCAAGCAGGAGUUGACGAUCCAGCCCAAGAAGAAGCUCAAGAAGAAGGUCGAAGAGUCGUGGGAGGAUGAGAUGGGUAGCUCCUCCAGCGAAUCUGAAGUCGAAGAGAGUUGGGACGCUGAGGAUGAUGACGAGAAGAAGGAGCCGCCGGCUUGGGAAGAAGGCGAGGGCUUGUUGAACGUACUAAAGGCGUUCAAAGCUCUAAAGGAAGACUUUGACACCAAGUUCAGAGCUAUGUGGGCAUAAGUUUACGAGAUCAUUGUAUCGCUUUCAUUCUGUCAAUACUCUGAACAUUAGCGUUCUUGCUAAAAUAGACGUUGGGGUAGAAAGUCUACUAAAAAUGUCAUCUUGUCAGUACAUCACGAAGCUCCAUCUCAUUGUUUCAUCUCGUUGCAUUUCAUCGUGUUAACCGACAACCUCUCAUGGUGGCC